CGCUAAGGGAGCAGGCAGGGUGCCGAGCCACGCUCCCGUCCCGCUCGGCAGCCGCGGCCGGCAGCGGCAGGCGGGCAGCGGCGAUGCCGCGGGCGGGCAGCCACCCGGGCUGCCGGGGCACGGCGCUGCUGGCCCUGGCGCUGGCCCUGGCAGGGUCCCUGGGCGGCGGGCAGCACUACGACUACUAUGGGUGGCAGCCCGAGAGCCUGCCCCACGGGCGCUUCUACGGGCGGGAGCCGCAGUGCCUCGACAUCCCGCCCGACAUGCAGCUCUGCCGCGACGUGGGCUACAAGCGCAUGCGGCUGCCCAACCUGCUGGAGCACGAGACCAUGGCCGAAGCCAAGCAGCAGGCUGGCAGCUGGGUGCCCCUGCUCGCCAAGCAGUGCCACACCGACACCCAGCUCUUCCUCUGCUCCCUCUUCGCCCCUGUCUGCCUUGACCGGCCCGUCUACCCCUGCCGCUCCCUCUGUGAGGUGGUACGAGACUCCUGUGCCCCUGUCAUGGAGUCCUACGGCUUCCCCUGGCCUGAGAUGCUGCAGUGUGGCAAGUUCCCCUCUGACCACGAGCUCUGCAUCGCCGUCCAGUUUGGGAACAGCAAAGCCACGCCACCACCAGUGUCCAAGAUCUGCACCCAGUGUGAGAUGGAGCACAAGGCAGAUGGCAUGAUGGAGCAGAUGUGCUCCAGUGACUUUGUGGUGAAAAUGCGCAUCAAGGAGAUGACGGAGGAGAACGGGGAGCGGCGGCUGGUGGCUGCCCAGAAGAAGAAGGUGCUGAAACUGGGCCCGCUGAAGCGCAAGGACACCAAGAAGAUGGUGCUGCACAUGAGGAACGUGGGUGCCUGCCCCUGCCCCCAGCUCGACAGCCUCAGUGGCAGCUUCCUGGUCAUGGGCCGCAAGGUGGGCGGCCGCCUACUCCUCCUGGCCAUCUACCCCUGGCAGAAGCACAACAAGGAGAUGAAGUUUGCGGUCAAGUUCAUGUUCUCCUACCCGUGCCCGCUCUACCACCCCCUGCUCUAUGGGGCUGGGCAGCACUAGGGCUUUGCCCAUGCUGCCCUUUCCCAGAACUCCUGCACUGGCCCAGCAUCCCACCCCUGGCCUCCCUGGCUGCACCCCAGAACUCAGCUCUGCACCUGCAGGAUUCCCUGCUGUGUUUGUGAGAGCCCUGAUCCACAGCCAGGACCCCUGCCUCUUCCUGAGAGCCCUGCUCUGCACCCCUGGGACCCCUGUUUUGCUCCAAAGGCCCCCAUCUCUGUCCAGGAGCUUAGUCUGGACCCAGGACCCUUGUUCUGCAGCUUGUAAACCCUGGUCUGCACCAGAGACCCUUAUCUACUCCCAGGUUCCCUGCCAGAAGCACAGAGACUCUUGCUUUCAUUUAGGAUCCCUGCUUGCCCCUACUGCCUACACCUGGGACCCCUACCCUACACCCAUGACCUUUACCCAGCUCACUCAUGAUGUGCCACACACCCUCAGCCCCCCAGUCCCUAUUCCAGCCCACCAACACAUCCUAUGCCCUCCCCUGGAGCUCACAUCCAGCCCUGGAUUAUGUCACCUUCACAGAGACCCAGCUCAGCCAGGUCCCUCUUGUCCCUCUUUUCCCACAGACUGACCCCCUCAAGACCAAGUGCCCAGAGCAGCACAAACCCUUCCUGGGCUCCCCCACUCCCCACACGGUGUGAGGGAGGCCCACUUCCAAGCACCCCAUACCAGCCCUACUGCAUCUCUCACACACCCCCCUGCUGUGACCCAGCCACGCACCCCUUGCCCAUCAACACCACAGUAAAUUAUUCCACCUCAGAGAAGUCUGUGUGCUACUCACUGCAGUUCACGGGUAAGAGCCCCUUGGGGCUCCCUCAGGGACCCCAGAAGAAUGGGAGGGGGGUCUCAGUCCUGCCCACUGAGUGAGGCAGCCUGAGGGAGCAAGGUCACCUCAGGAUCUGGCUCUAGCCCUGCUCCAAGUGCCAUGCCCAGAGCCUGAACCUGGGCAGUCCAGCCAAGCCCAGGGAUGUGGUUCCUAGUGGUCACAGGCAUCACUGGAGACUCAGGCACCCCUGCCACUCCAGGAAGCCUGCGAGGGCAGUUGGAUGAGUAGGGUGGGGGGACAGGGCCAUCACUGCUGCUGGAGCCCCACAGUGGGGUUUGGCAGUGGUUUGCCAGGGAGGUUUCUUCCUUCAUCACACCAGAGGAUAAAUCCAUGGUAUGGGAGCUCACAGCACUUGUGAGAAGACUGGCACUGAGCAUCACAGGGGGCAGAUACUGGAUCAGGCAGCCUCCAAAACCCUGUCUUCCUCACCCCAUAUCAUCUGAAAGUCAUCUCUACAGCUCCCUGCCAGCCCUGCUUGGCUGCCAGACUUUCCAUGCCACAACCUCCAGCCUCCUCCAAAAAGAUUCCUAGGGCCACCCACCUGCACUAGCCAGCACCUUCUCAAAAACCCACGGACCAGGGCAGCCCUCAGCCCAGCCCUCUGAUGGCAGCAGGGGCUGUCCCUUAGCUCAGCCCGACUCCCCCAGCUGCCCCCAGUCCCAGCUGGCAAGGGGGCACCCUGAACAAGACGCAUUUAUUCAGUGUGUACUUGAAUCCACCCAUCCCAAAGGGCGAGCAGAGCCCGAAGGUGGCCACCAGGGUAUUUACCCAGUGCUUGGCUGCCUGACACUGUGUCUUCUCUUCGGAGCUGGCCUGGCCUCAGGGAGCCUCCUGGGACAAAAAGGAAAUUGAUCCUGCAGGAUGUCUGCACCCACCCUCUUCUGGCUGACAAGAACACUGCGCACCUGCCCUGCUCUGGGGUGUCCUCUUCUCCCUCUGCCCUCCUUGGGCAUGGCCCUGGCCCCACUGGUCAGCCCCAGAUCUCCCGCUCUGGCCAGGGAGAGGUGCCUGUGCCCCUGCUCCACAGCCAGCCAGGAACAUGGGGCAGCCAGCCCCUGCCCUAGCCUCACACCAGGAGCAGGCACUCCUCCCUGGCCACUGGGAAAAAAAUCACAUAUUAUUAGACGGUAUGUUCAGAGCUUGACUGCUGAGCACACUUCUAUAAGAAUAAACACUGUUGAUUACAUUUUAUUGCAAAACUUAAAAAGCAUAAAUAAAACCCCAUCUCCCACAGCCUAAGUUUAUCUGUAGCCCUUUGUAUUCUGUGUCAUUAGCAUCUUCCCAGUGAGUGUUCACACAUACAUGGCCAUAGUGCUCAUUGCUCCCAGUGUUUUCUCUAGAAGUACAAGUAGCUCCUCUGCCUCCCACAGUCAGCUGUCUGAGUAAGCUGACCCCUCCCAGCCCAGCAAUAACCCCAUUGCAGACACUCUCACAAACACACCCACAGCUCUUGGGGUGCUACACAGCCCCUCUCCAAUGUUACACCCACUCCACUGCCCCCACUAACUGCUCAGCCCUCUGCACACCAGUCCCCUGCACACCCAGCACAAGCCAGACACCCUCAUCAGCAAAUGCCAAGUCCAGCUUUUCUCAAUUUCCAUCUGGAAAGGAGUUUAUGAGCCCACAGCCAAGAUAGGUGUUUAGGCUGCUUACCCCAUAGAAGCUCCCACACUGGUGGGAUGUAGAGCCUGUAGCAAGGUCUGGGCUCCAGCAGCUUCUCAGACUGGUGGGUGUCAUAGCCUGGUGGGCACUGGCCCCCCAGAUUCCCUGGCUUGGGGGAAGCUGCAGCUGGCUGGCAGGGACCCAGGCCAUGGCUGUUCCCAGCUGCACAGCAGCCAGGGUCACAUUCCUGGGAUAGCUGGGAGCUUUGCUGUUCACACAAGGAAAGGUCAUCCUUGUGCACACAGGCAGCUGGUGGGACCACCGCCCGGGGAGGGCAGGGGAAGGAGCAGCCGUGGGAGGCAGAGGAAGCUCAGUAGCUCCUGUCAGAGCUGAGGUGCUCUCUGGCCCCAGCCCAGCAGGAUCCAGCCCUGGCGCAGCUGACAGGCAGCUGUACACAGCUCUGAGCAGGGGGCAAACAAGGCUACAGCAGGAGAGA